AUGGGUGAACGGGGGUUUGGUGAUGACGAGAAGAGAAAGGUACUUGCCCAAAUUUGGAGGUCCCAAGGAGCAGCUAGAGAACGCGACUUUGGAAAAAAUUUCGGCCGCUUCGCCGCCCAAUAUUUGCCGGGUUUUCUGGGUGUCCUGGGAAUCUCAGGGUUUCUAAUUUUUGGUGGGGGAGGGUCGGUAUACGGUGUCUGGUGUCCCCGUCUGUACAGGUCUAUAGUAUGGGGUAUAGUAGGGGUCACAGGUGGACCCAGGCCUGGGUCCUAUGGGAUAGCCCAUUUUUUGAGCGUGCAGAGGGAUAACUUGUGGUACAGGUAUUUCACGGACAAGGGAGUGAAAGGUGUUGCAGUUACUUGGUACAUGAAAGGUACUGUGAGAUGUACUCUGUGGCUGACACUUCCUCCCUCUAAAAAAGGCUGA